AUGUGUGAGACCAAGUUUUUGGAUGACAUGGCCACAGGGCAGUCCCGAGCUCUCCGCCUCCCCCGCCCCCCCCCCCCGCCGGCCGGAGCCCCCCAGCCCAGCGAGAGCCCCGCCCGGGUGGCCCCAGCAGCAGCACCAAGGUGGGUGAACACCCACAUCCAUGACCUCACCGCAGGCGGCACCAGUCAGGACAAGGCCAUCGUGGGCUAUGAGGAGUCGCCCUCGGUCUGGGCCACCGUCCCGGGAAAACCAACAUCUGUCAACAUCAUGCCAGCUGAGACUGGUGUCCCGGUUGGCCAGGACCAGUCAGGUUUUUCCGUGAAUAGGCUGACACCCGGGAGCCAGAAAUGUUCUUUUAAUCUGGACUCGCUGCUGCAGGACAGGGGAUUUACCGUGGGUUUUCAUACCAGGAGCACCUGCACAACUCCUUUCAACAUCACUGUCACCGUGACUUCCAAGACGCCCAUCCAGCUGAGAGGCAAGGGUGUCCAGGGUGGUGCGAUGGACAAGAAAUGUUACGAAAUGGCCUCCCACCCGUCAGCGUUCCCGGUACUGACCUCGUCUGUCCGUCUCCUUGCCCCACCUCUCCCUACUGCUUUUUCACCCCUCUCCUUCCCAUACACAGGCACCGUUUUUAUUUGGGGGGCCAUUACCCCACAUGAGCUGGGGGCUGGGGCUGGAUGGACGGACACCUCCCCCUACCCAUACCCCUCCUCCGUGUGGUAG